GAAAGAAAGAAAGAAAGAAAGAAAACCCGGCGACCACAUCAAAACACAAGCCGCCCCAAAGCCGAACUGGUCACUGGACACAAGCCCCUAUCUUCCUUUCCCCUUCCUCAGCUCGCUUGCUCAGCGGAUUCUUCCCGUUCUUGCUUCCGUGCUCGGAGAUGGCAAAUGCAAGAUCAGGAGUUGCGGUGAAUGACGAGUGCAUGCUGAAGUUCAACGAGCUGCAGUCGAAGAGGCAGCACCGUUUCAUAACUUUCAAGAUGGACAAUCAAUUCAAGGAGAUUGUUGUGGACCAGGUUGGGGAUCGUACAACAAGCUAUGAGGAUUUCACAAACAGCCUACCUGAAAAUGACUGCCGAUACGCAAUCUAUGAUUUCGACUUCGUUACUGCAGAGGAUGUCCCAAAGAGCAGGAUAUUCUAUAUCCUAUGGUCCCCAUCCUCGGCUAAGGUAAGGAGCAAGAUGCUGUACGCGAGCUCAAACCAAAAAUUCAAGAGCGGGCUCAAUGGCAUUCAAGUGGAACUUCAGGCUACCGAUGCUAGUGAAAUCAGCCUUGAUGAGAUCAAGGAUCGAGCACGCUAGGCAGCAUCACACGUUUCAUGAUCAUGCACUGUGGACUUUGCCUGCUACUGUGGAUUUGUGCGCCAUUAUAGGCUUGGUGGUUUUGAAAGACAUGCUUGAUGAUUUGUGGGUUUGUUGCUGCGUAAAAAGAUCCUCAUGGCUUCUAGGAAACCAUGAAGAUUUGGAUCUAUUAUGUAAUUUCUACUUGUCUGCCAAUUAUGUAUGGACUAUGGACGUGUCGCGCUGUUCAAGUGACAAAAUAAGUAAUUGAUAUGUUCCCUACUCA